AUGGAACUGUUUAAACGGAACUCCCCCAAGCAAAUCGUUGGAAAGGACAUUCCACGAAAAGGGACGACGAUUCAAGUGAAACCUUUCGACGUGGAUAUCGUGUACGCGGAACUGACAGCUCUAGCCAAGAGUCGCGUGAAGAACUAUCACGGGCCUGAUUCGGCGUUAUAUUCAGCGAUUUAUCCGUUGGUUUGCGUGACGAGGCUGUUCGGUCUGGCGCCGUACGAUUUCACGGCCGAUCGAAUGACCGUCUCGAACGUCUACCUCGUGUUCUCGUUGGCCUUCCUGGCGAUUUAUUCUUACAUCAUGUACAUAGUGUUCCUGAGGCUUGUCAGUCUGAAACGGGCCAAGUCGAUUCUGUCCGUUGUCGAGACCACCAAGGUGAUCGUUAAUUACAUGGUGGCCAUGUACGAACUGGUCUCGUGCGUAUUCCGACGGGAGAAGUUCGUCCGUAUUUGGAACGCUCUUGAGGAUUACGACGAGAGGAUCGCUCGUCUGGGAUAUCCGCGGGACGAGACGAGAACCGGGAUCGCGGCCUGGGCGCUUCUGAUCGAUCAGACCGUGAUCUGGAUUCUGGUGAAUCAGAGCGGUAUGUACGCGUUCAUGGAGACCUGGUUUUUCAACGUGAGCUACAUGUGUACGUACGUCGGCACCGCGGUCUCCGUGUACAAGUUCGUGGGCAUGGUGAGCUUCGUCGGGCAACGAUUCCAUCAGCUGAAUCGGAUAACGAGGGACAAUCUACCGGCACGUGUUGGCUACAAGAGCACUACCCUUAGCAGAAAGACCAUCCAGGAAUUGCACGAGGAAUUGAUGUCUAUCGCUGAGGGGCUGGGAUCUCUCUAUUCGUGGUCGUUGUUGUUCUGGCUGGGAAAUCUGAGCGUGCACAGUGUCAGUAAUCUCUACUUUAUCUGCGAUUGGAUGAUCGUCACGUUGCGAACGGACAUAGCAUUUCCGUUGAUCGUCAACAUGAGCAUUUGGCUGAUCGGUUUCAUAACGCAGCUACUGAUGGUCAAUAUCUGUUGCGAUUACGCGAUCACCGAGGCAAACUCGAUGGGCGGGAUUCUCGUCGAAUGGGACGCGAGAGUGAUCGGAAGGUUUCCACACGACGACUCCGUCCGCGCCUCGUUAUACCUGCUGACCAGACGUCUACAGUUCUCCGCCGGUGGUCUCUUCGACGUGAAUCUACCGCUUCUGUUCUCGAUUGUCUCGCAGCUGUCGACCUAUCUGAUCAUACUGCUGCAGUUCCCGGCUUGA